AUGGAUACAGGGAAUCAUACAGAUGUGAAGGAAUUUAUACUCCUUGGCUUAACAGAAAAUCCCAAUUGGCAGGUUCCUCUCUUUUUGCUUUUCAGCAUAAUUUAUUUAAUAAUUUUUGUGGGUAACUGGGGAAUGAUCUUCUUGAUCUGGUUGAAUGCUCACCUUCAUACCCCAAUGUACUUCUUUCUUAGUAACCUCUCUUUCUGUGACAUCUGCUAUUCUACAAUCAUUGCUCCUAAAAUGCUCAUCAAUUUACUAUCAGAACACAAGUCAAUUAAGCUGAUUGCUUGUAUUCUGCAGAGUUUCCUUUUUGCAGUUUAUGUAACCACAGAAGCCAUCCUCCUGUCUAUGAUGGCCUAUGAUCGCUAUGUGGCAAUUGCAAACCCAUUAAUGUAUACAGUGAUUAUGAAGUUCAGCAUCUGCAUUAACAUGGUUCUUGCAAGUUACUUAGGUGGCCUCAUUAAUUCCUUGACUCACACAAUAAGUCUACUGAGACUGGACUUCUGUGGUCCCAACAUUGUGGAUCACUUCUUCUGUGAUAUCCCUCCUCUGUUGAAGCUUUCAUGUUCUGAUGCACACAUCAAUGAGAUGCUGCUUUUGAUCUUCUCUGGCUUGAUUGCUAUUUUCACUUUCAUCAUUGUCAUGGUUUCCUAUAUCCAAAUUAUCACUGCCAUCCUGAGAAUCCGCUCAGCUGAGGGGAGACGUAAAGCCUUCUCCACCUGUGCCUCACAUCUGACAGCUGUGACAUUAUUUUAUGGUUCUGGGACAUUUAGCUAUAUCCAGCCAAGCUCUCAGUACUCCAUGGAACAGGAAAAAGUCUCUGCUGUGUUUUACACCUUGAUUAUCCCCAUGCUGAAUCCGCUGAUUUACAGCCUGAGGAACAAGGAUGUUAAGGAAGCAACAAAGAGGUUAUUUUGUCGGGGAAGUAAUACUUUUUGA